GUGGCUUUUUUCUUUUUAUCUCUCUUUUCUUUUUUUCUUUUCUUUUUUGUCCCUUGAUCUCUUGUUUGCACUCCCAUGUCCCGGGAUUGUGCCCCGGAUUUGGUCCCCGCCUUCACGGCGCUCUUGGUUAAAGGAGGUGCGUUUGGCCGGCGUCCGGGGAAGCGGUUUUCGUGCAGUAAAAGUGAUUGAUUGGCGCGUGGAAAUUUGUAUCGUAUCAUCCACUUGGUUUGUCUAGCUUGUCCGUUCCUCCCCGUUUGUCUCAGCAGGAGCAAUUUGGAAAACAAUCAACGUUCGCACAAGUAAAAUGUAGGUAGGUACCUACCUUUUAGGCAGGUACCUACCUUUGCCACCUUAUCUCUUGUCCUUUUCCGCAUUGAUAGCAGCACAAGCACCAAUAUCAUUCUGUUACUGUCCAGAUUUGCACCAAAAGGCUCGUCCCAGUCAUUUCACAUAUCCAUUUAUCAAUAUUAGCUCAUCUCCGGCUUUAAUCUUGCUUUAACCAGGCUAGAAAAAUGUCGGCUGAAAGACUAAUUUUCUAAUAGCAACCUCACCACAGACCAAUUUGUACCUGACAGCAAACCAUCGACGGGGCCCCUUGCGUCUGAAUCACGCGAGCAGGUGAGCUAACGCCCGGCUCACCUCAUUGCCGUUAGACACCCUCAGCAGACAGGCGCUUUACCUCGAGUGAGGGCGAAAAAAAACCCUUGGGCUUUUUGGGACUAUACAAUCGUUUUUUAUACCCAUUUUCAUUUUGGGGCUAAGCCCGCGCACGGAACUCGCGCCGGUCGAAUCCUUGGCUGUCUCACCCCAGUUCACGCCGGCUUAUGGAGAGUGGCAGGUAGCCACGGGGCCUCCGCCAGACUCUCGACACAACACGCGGCGCCUUACUCUAGGGCGGGAGACAAGGAAAAAAAAAAGAGGGGGUGUGUGGCUCGUCUUUCUCUGUCUGGCUCGUACCAACAAUUCAGGUCGAAAAGCUAUGGCUUUUCGACCAAACCCUGUUGGUGUUGGCCCGAGCAUCCCUGAGGAAGACGAGGAGCAGCCGCAGCCGCAGCCGCAGCACUUGCUGACCGGAGAAGCUGGUAAAAAGGACAGGCAUCCCCCACGUAGCAGGCUGCAACUACUGGCUCGUAGCUCUCUGCAACGUCUAUCCUUUGCACAUCGAAAAGCAGACCUGCUUCAGCGGCAACAUCACCAGUCUUCAUCACAGACACACCGACAACACAACAAGAUGUCGGACAGGCAGAGCCUCGAUUCAACCAGCGACAACUGCGCCAUGCGGGAAAUUGAGCGCGGCCCACCCGGAGACAGGAAAAACAACGCGCGGUCGAGAAUGUCACAGGUUGACGUACUGGCCUCCAAGCGGCGGAGUACCUUUUUCGAAGACACCUUUGCUGCGUCAAAGGGAGAGAAGAGCGGUGCUAAGGCAGCGACUGCCAUGACCGAGAGGAUCCGGAGCGAAGCUAUCGUCAUGGCUGAGGUCAAGACCAAUGUCAUUCUCAGCGAUGAGUUCACCUUUAUAACCGAGCUGUCAUACAACCUCUCGCUGCGCUACCAGCGACCAGUGUCAAGUAUCGUGGUGUCGGUGCAGCACGGCGCGUGUAUGAUGUACGGCGGAACUUUUGAGCCGGCGUACAGCAUGACUAUAUUCGCCCUGCCGUCGCAGAUGCGCCCAACGACCAACAAGCGGAAUGCUGUCAUGAUACAGAUGCACAUGGAUGAGGUCCUGGGCGUGCCCUCGUCUCGCGGCAUCGUUCGCUUCGUGCCCAUGCCCGAAGAUAACGUCGCCGUCAGCGGACGGACGAUUGGAUCUGAGAUUACGGAGCUGGCUAGGGAGGCCGGCAUUGACCUUAUCGACGACGAUGAGGGAGAAACCCUUUCAAAGAGGAGGAGCGUGAAGCUCAAGAAUCGACUAAGCGUCAGAAAGUCUUUUAGCAACUUCAAGGACCACAGCCGUAGCGGGUCCCGAGAACUUACACCGCCGCUGCCGUCGCCGCCGCUAGAGCCCGGCUACUCUCACGACGGCGUCCGUGAAAGGCUUGGCCCGGGACCAAACGACCCUAUGCCGGUGAGGAAGACGAGAAGGCGAAAGAGCUUCGUCGCUAGCAUCUUUGGGUGGCCCAGGGAGGACACCAACCGACCACCGAUACCGCUGUAAGGCGGGUUUCAUCCUUUCCCCUCUUUUUUGUUUAAAAAAAGCACACAUACAGACGCCUGGGAAGGCACCCCAAUCUCUCUCUCUCUCUCUCUCAGUCUCUCUCUACUUUAUCUAGACGAUUGAAUUGGGGGCCUCCAUUGUGCGACCCCCGUUUUUUCCCUUUGUUUAUUAUGGGAGUAUUAGUGCUGGAGGUCACUAAAACUGUCGUUCGCCUUUUCAUGAUUUUGAUCGCCAAAAAACAGGAAUCUUGUUUUGUUUCCCCGGCAUAAGACAUUUUACAAGUCUGACUCCGGAUAAUGGGGAGUGUUUCAAGUUUUGUUUUCGUGACAUCUUGGGGUCAACUCAACGCUAUUACUUUCACUACUUAUCACGUAGGUACCUUAGACGACCAGAUUAAUAUUUCAUCGAGUGUCUUCGCAUCGUAAAUUUUUUUUAAAUUUUUUUUAUUUAGAUCCAUGAAAACAAGCAUUUGAAC